CAUAUUUCAUUUAUUGUUCUUUAGUUGUUCUCAUUACAAAUUUAUAAGGUUUAGGGUUUGUGCUGUAUUUGUAAAUUAUUAAACUUUCCUAUAUUGUACUUAAAGUUGGAUGAUAUUUUAAAGUUUAUAUUAAGCUAUAAUUAUGUUGAUUUAUUAUUUUAUUAUAAAAUGGUUAUUCUAGUUGAACAACAAUUGAAUCGGUUGGACUAAUGAACCAGUAGCUAGAGUGGUUUGAUAACCGGUUCAGUUUUCAGAACCUUGACUAAAAUAUAAUUAUAAUCUAAUAGGAAGAUGAGAAAUAUCAUUGAAACUAAGAGGAUUAGAAACCAAAUUAUUCUCUACACAUGCAUUAUUAAUUUAUUAUCCCUAAGUGCUUCUUGACUUGACUGAUACUAUCUAACUAUCAUCUAAAACUGGAAAAAAAACUAUAAAAAUUAAUAAUCAGAUAGAAAUUAAAACAGCCAUCAUUUACCAACAAAAAAAUUUAGUUAACAAUUUUGCAAAAACAAAAUCAUCCAAUAAUCAAAAGGACAAGAACAUGAAGAAAAAUUGUACAAAUUCCCUGUUCGAGCAUCUCUCUCAAAGACCCGAACGGCUGCUUCUUCUUUCUCCAGCGUUACUCCCAUGUCUUAACCGCCGGCUGCUGCUAUGUGUUCUCUCUCCAUCUUCGCUGUCGCUAUUUAAUGUCUCUGCAGCGAGGCUGCAAACUUUAAGCUCCUUCCCACUGCUGCUGUGCUCUCUACUCACCCAGUCUCCGACACUGCAGUUGUACACUCUCUUGCCACCGCUUGUCCAAAAAUAAUCAUUAAACAAAACAAAAGUGAAAGUUUUAAUGGAAUACGCAACUGUGUCCUAUGGAUUGUGCAACCUACACAGUUUUCAGUUUCUCUCCCUACCCAUUCUCCAAGUUCAAAUCUUUUCACAUAAACCACCGCAAAACCCCUUCAACAUUUUUUCCACAGUUAGUUCAGCUCAACAGAGGUCAGGGACAACACCUAAAAGAGACCCUAGUGGUAGAAAUCAUCGCUCAGUGCCUCAAACGGAGAAGAACAUUGAGAUGAAACCGUCAAACGUGGGUAGCAAGCAGAGGCUUAAACGAUAUUCUUCCUUGUUGGGUAAUUGUGCUUUGAGAGGAGCUUUGAAUGAGGGAAAAGCCAUUCAUGGUCACCAGAUAAAAACUGGGGUGGACCCUGAUUCUCACUUUUGGGUUUCACUCAUCAACUUGUAUGCAAAAUGUGACUACUCCAGUUAUGCAUGCCAGGCGCUUGAUGAAAUGCCUGAACAAGAUGUCGUGUCCUGGACUGCAUUAAUUCAGGGAUUUGUAGCUCAGGGAAAUGGCAGGCAGGGUGUUGAUUUGUUUUGUGAGAUGAGAAAGAAAGGGAUCAGUCCGAAUGAAUUCACGGUUGCCACUUGUUUGAAAGCUUGUUCUAUGUGCCGGGAUGUUAGUUUUGGGAAACAGGUUCAUGCUGAAGUGAUUAAGGAGGGUUUAUCAUCUGAUGUGUUUAUUGCAUCUGCAUUAGUUAAUCUAUAUGCGAAAUGUAGUGAAAUCGACCUUGCUGAUAAGGUGUUCUUUUGCAUGCCUGAGCAGAAUGAAGUAUUGUGGAAUGUGUUGAUUAAUGGUCAUGCUCAAGUGGGUGAUGGGAAAGGAGCAUUUAGAUUAUUUUGUGAAAUGAUAAAUUCAGAAGUAGAAUUCAGUGAAUUUACCUUGUCCAGUGUACUUAAGGGUUGCACAAAUUCAGGACAAUUAAGAGACGGCCAACUUGUGCAUUGUUUGGCAAUCAAAAGUGGUUUUGAAAUAGACAAAUUCAUGUGUUCCAGUCUUGUAGACAUAUAUUCAAAGUGUGAUAUGGUAGAUGAUGCACUAAGACUUUUUUAUAUGAUCACAGACCAUGAUGUAGUUUCGUGGAGUGCAAUGAUCGCUUGCCUUGAAAAGCAAGGUCAUAGCAGUGAAGCAAUUAAGCUAUUUUACUUGAUGAGACAUACUGGAAUUGAACCAAACCAAUUUACCUUUUCAAGUGUUGUUAGUGCUGCUGCUGAAUUGGGUGACUUGCUUUUUGGAGAAAGCAUCCAUGCUUGUAUUUUCAAAUUUGGGUUUGAAUCAGAUGUCUCUGUAAGUAAUGCCCUUAUCGGGAUGUACAUUAAAAAUGGUUGUGUGGAUGAUGGUUAUCGAGUGUUUGAGGCGAUGACAGGGCCAGAUCUUGUUUCUUGGAAUACUCUAUUGUCAGGAUUUCAUGACUAUGGUUACGCUGAAUCAGGAUCAAAUGUUUUCUGCCAGAUGCUUGUCGAAGGAUUUAGGCCAAAUAUGUAUACAUUUAUUAGCAUUUUAAGGUCUUGCUCUGAUCUCUUAGACAUAAAGUUCGGAAAGCAAGUUCAUGCUCAAAUUCUGAAAAACAGUCUUGAUGGAAAUGAAUAUGUUGGGAAAGCCCUUUUGGACAUGUAUCUCAAAUUUAGAUAUAUGGAAGAAUCAUAUAUAGUUUUUGCUAAGUUGAUCAAUAGGGAUGUCUUCACAUGGACAGUAAUGAUCACUGGUUUUGCUCAAACUGAGCAAGAAGAGAAGGCUAUCAAAUUCUUAAAUUCAAUGCAGCAAGAAGGAGUAAGGCCCAAUGAGUUCACUAUUGCUGGCUGUUUAGGUGGUUGUUCCCGAAUAACUGCUACUGAAAGUGGAAGGCAACUUCACUCUAUGGCACUUAAAAGUGGACUUCAGCCUGAUAUGUUUGUUUCCGGUGCACUUGUCGAUAUGUAUGCAAAAUGUGGCUGCAUAGAAGAUGCUGAGGCUAUUUUUAAGGGACUGGUUUGGCGUGAUAAAGUCCUAUGGAACACUAUGAUAUGUGGAUUCUCUCUGCAUGGUCAGGGUUAUAAGGCCCUACAGACCUUUCAGAAAAUGAAAGAUGAGGGCAACUUACCCGAUGAUGUUACCUUUAUAGGUGUCCUUUCUGCAUGCAGCCACAUGGGUCUUGUUGAAGAAGGGAAACAACACUUCAACUCCAUGAGCAAUGUUUAUGGUGUCACUCCUAGAGAUGAGCAUUAUGCUGGUAUGGUUGACAUUCUUAGCCGUGCAGGAAGAUUCGUAGAGGUUGAAAGUUUUGUCGAAGAGAUGAAGCUCACGUCUAAUGCAUUGGUCUGGGAGAAUGUUCUGGGCGCAUGUGCAAAGCAUGGGAAUGUCAAAUUUGGUGAAAGAGCAGCAAAAAGGCUAUUUGAGCUCAAAUGCGAGACAGACUCAACUUACAUAUUACUUUCAAAUACUUUUGCUAGCAAAGGUAGGUGGACAGAGGCCAAAAGAAUAAGGGCCUUGAUGUCCAGCCAUGGUGUGAAAAAGGAACCUGGUUGUAGCUGGGUAGAAAUAAACAAUAAAGUACAUGUCUUUGUGUCGGAUGGGGGACAUCCUCACAUCAGGGAAAUCCAUUUGAAAUUGGAGGAGCUUGGUGAAAGUCUGAGAUUGAUUGGUUAUGUACCACAAAUGGAACAUGUGCUUCAUGAUGUUCCAGACACAGAGAAAGAAGAACAUCUUAAUCACCAUAGUGAGAAGUUGGCUCUUGCCUUUGCCCUUAUGAGCAAUAGCCAUAAGAAAACAAUACGAAUCUUCAAAAACCUGCGUAUCUGUCGCAAUUGCCAUAAUUUUAUGAAGCAUGUCUCAAGGAUCACAACUCAAGAAAUAGUUAUUCGUGACACUAACCGGUUCCACAGCUUCAAGGAUGGAUCGUGUUCCUGUCAAGAUUAUUGGUGAUUUGGCUGAAGACACUAACCUGUUGAACUUGUUUUCAUGUAAUUCACUGCUUUGAAAAGAACUACUUGUGCAGUUGUGCUCAUCCAUAUCCCUAGUGCUGAGAUGUGAGAAGAUAUCAAAAUAACUCUGGCAAGCGUGCUAAUAUUGAUGAUCUAUCGGGAAAAAGUUUUCUAGGGAUGGAACUUCUGUGGAAAACGGAUGGAAUGCUCCUCCUUAUCAAAUGCAUCUUGCUGUUGUGUGCAUCCUAUUAUUCAGAUUGAUAUCAGCCAUGCCGACCUUUAGUACCAUAGCAUUGGAUAGGUUGUUAGAGCCUGGAGGUUCCAGGCUUGUUGAGAGAUCUGCUCCGUGUUCGAUGCCUCUGCAAAACUCACAGAAUGGGAGGAAUGCUAGUGCGCCCCGAAGAAGAAAAAGGCUCCUCGUCCUCCAUUAAAACCAUCUCUUUAUGCCACUCCUGAGGUGACGCCACUUCCAGAUGCACCCUCUCCAUUUCCUCCGUCACCAUACAUCAUUAACCAUAAGUGAUGUAGCCCGCGCCUCCUCAAGAGCACUUCAGAGGCCAGCAUACUGGCUGAGCGGAAUGUUCUCCAGGAUUGUGAAAAGCCUUUUGGUAAGAGCUCAGAUAUGGUGAUUGUAAGUUCAGCUGGUGACCUCCAAGUUCCUUAUAAAAAUCCUGAAGCAGUUAAAGGAGCAAGGUGACAGUGUUUAUCACUUUGAAUUUGAUAGCAGCAAGAAUGGUGACUUUGGGACUGGACACAGGGAAAGUGGGAGUAGUAGCAUUACAAAUGAUUUACAGGUACCGACAAUGAAUUCACAAAGAGGUUUAGAGAUUGAAGAUUUCUUCGAUCCAAAUGAAUCAACGAGUUUUGCAAGUAUUACAGAUGAUGAAGAUAAUGCUGAGCAGAACUGUCUAUGAAGUACAGCAGUCUUGGGGAGUUUUUUGAUGCUUGGGAAGAACUAUCUUCUGAAGGUGGAGCUCAAACUUCUACAAUUGAUUUUGAAGCUGAAUUGUGUGAAAUGAGGUUGAGCCUAUUGAUGGAGAUAGAGAAGCGGAAGCAAACUGAAGAGUCCCUUAACAGCAUGAAAAGCCAAUAUGAGAGAAUUAAGCAAGGGUUAUACAGUGCAGGAAUUGUUUUGCCUGCAAAUCUUACUGCUAUUGCUGCGGUUGACCUGAAUUCUUAUCCCAUGGAAGAUCUAUGUCAACAAGUUCAUGUUGCAAGAUUCAUAUCGAACUCACUCCAUUGGAGAGGAAUGGCCAGGGCUGAAGUUGAAGUAGAGAUGGAAGCUCAACUAGAGUUAAAGAACUUCGAGAUUGCUCAUCUCUUGGAACGCCUCCGAUGUUAUGAGACCAUGAAUAGAGAGAUGGUUCAGAGAAACCAGGAAGCGAUAGGUGAGACUUAUGUCAUAUAUUUGGUCUUUGAUAGUUUUGAUCAAGUGAACGUACUCAUUUUUUUCCUUCCUGUAGGAAUAUCUGUUGCUGGCACUAGUUUGGCUAGUCAUUUUAGAUGUCCUCGAAGCACAAUUAUCAUGCUUUACUUUGAGUUUGACAAUUAUGCAUGUUCAAGAAAGAUUUGGAUGGACAUAGCACCUGUAUUGAGUGAGAAUUGUCUAUCUGGUUGUCGAGCGGGAUUGUCUGUCGAAUGUUAGUUUUAUUAACAGUCUUGAGAAUCGUGCAUCCAUGGUGUGUGCGACAACUGUUGAUGUGUUUAUUUUGCAGACAGCAAAUAGCAAUUAGCGGUUUAGGAUCAGUUUUAGGAUAACUCCCCCCUUUUUCCUGUUUACCACAAUAAAAGUAGAAUUAUUAGAAUACAAAGCGGAAUAAAGCUGCAUUAUUUGGGAA